AUAUAUAUAUAUAUAAUAUAUAUAUAUUGCAAGAUGAUUUCACUUCUUCAUCCACUUUCUAAUUUUGUCUUCAUUAUUCUAAUCAUUAUCUCAUCAGGGGGGAUCAGAAGUUCGGACAGCGCGAGAGUUUUCACCAUAAUAAACAACUGCAAGGAGACAAUCUGGAGAGGGGACUGCCCGUCGGAGCUGGCGGUAAAGGCGAAGGGGAAGGUGGUGGGGUGCCGGAGCGCGUGCGACGUGUUCAACACGGACGAGUAUUGCUGCAGAGGAGUUUAUGGGAACUCCAUGACUUGCCGGCCCACGUUUUAUUCGCAGAAGUUUAAGAGCGCGUGCCCCACGGCGUACAGCUACGCCUACGAUGAUCCCACCAGUAUUUUCACCUGCACCGCCGCCGAUUACGUCGUCAGCUUCUGCUCAUCCAGGAACCAGCCGGUGUGCAGUUACCAUAACCAAAAGCUGGUAUGCAGUGGAUCAAAUGGCUUGAAAUCGUUCAUCGGAGGAUGGGGAGCGGCUGUAAUGGCAGCAUUUUUAUUUAUGGUCAAUUCUCGAAUUAUUUUUUAAGACCCAACUCCAUAUUUUUCACAUUUGUAAAUAUAUAUAUUUUUAUUCUUUUAUUUUGUGUGGGUGAUUAUUUGAUUUUUCUUCGGGUGCAAGAUAGCCAAAUGGGUUGUCUUGUGGACUAUGUAUUGUUUCCAAUUAUGCAAAAUUUAAUUGAGUUCUUCCAUACCUUAUUCGAAUCUU